AGCAUCAUGGCAUCGGACGGGGACGUGCUGCGGAUCCCUCUGGGGCUCGUCAACCUCGGAGGCAAGUACCUGACGGCGGAGACCUUCGGCUUCAAGGUGAACGCGUCGGCCAGCAGCCUGAAGAAGAAGCAGACGUGGACCCUGGAGCAGGCCGGGGAGGACGGCAGCGCGGUGUCCCUCCUGUCCCACCUGGGCCGCUACCUCGCCACGGACAAGGACGGAAACGUCACCGCGGACAGCGAGACCCCCGGCCGGGACUGCCGCUUCGUGGUGAGCGUGCACGAGGACGGGCGGUGGUCCCUGCAGUCCGAGCCACACGGUCGAUUCCUCGGAGGCAGCGAGGACCGGAUCCAGUGCUUUGCGCAGAUCGCGUCCCCGUCUGAGAGAUGGAGCGUGCACCUGGCCGUGCACCCGCAGGUCAGCCUGUACAGCCUGGCGCGCAAGCGCUUCGCCCACCUCAGCGUGCACGCGCACGAGCUGUCCAUCAGCCGGGACGUGCCCUGGGGGGUGCACUCCCUGGUGACCCUGGUGUACCGGGACCAGCGCUACCACCUGGAGACCUCGGACAACCGCUUCCUGCGCAAUGACGGCACCUUGUCCACCGGGACGGACCAGGACACCGGCUACGUGCUGGAGUUCCGCUCCGGGAAGGUGGCGUUCCGGGACUGCACCGGGCGGUACCUGGCCCCCGGGGGUCCCACCGGCACCAUGAGGUCCGGGAAGAGCCUCCGGGUGGGCAAGGACGAGCUGUUCGCCCUGGAGCGCAGCCACGCGCAGGUCGUGCUCACUGCAGGCAACGAGAGGAACGUGUCCACCAGGCAAGGCAUGGACCUGUCAGCCAAUCAGGACGAGGAAGGGGACCAGGAAGUCUUCCAGCUGGAGAUGAGCCGUGAGGACAGGAAGUGCGCCUUCAGAUCCGCUUCUGGGAAAUACUGGACACUGACGGCGGCAGGAGGACUGCAGUGCACCGCCUCCACCAAAUCAGCCAACAGCUUCUUUGAACUGGAGUGGCGUGAUGGUCGCGUGUGUGUGCGUGCGGCCAACGGCAAGUACGUGAUCGCCAAGAGGAACGGGCAGCUGUCUGCUACCAUCGACAACGCAGGUGAAGCCGAACAGUUCCUGAUGAAGCUGAUCAACCGGCCAAUCAUCGUCCUCCGUGGGGAGCACGGUUUUAUCGGGGCCCGUAAAGCAGGAACGGCGACGCUGGACUCCAACCGAGCGUCCUACGAUGUUUUCCAGCUGGAGUUCAACAACGGAGCGUACUCCCUUAAAGACUCUCAGGGGAAGUACUGGUGCGUUGGAGACGACACGGCGGUGUCCUGCAGCAGCGCCACACCUGUCCAGUUCCUGUUUGAGUUCUGUGACCUCAACAAGAUGGCCAUCCGUGUGCUGGGGGGGAAGUACCUGAAAGGAGACCACGCUGGGGGGCUGAAGGCCAGCGUGGACUCCCUGGACAGCGCCACCCUCUGGGAGUACUGA